AUCGAUGACAGGUUUUUGUAAAACGUAAACAAAGUAGCCGCAACACGUGCAUUUACCUCGCUCUCGUUUAGUUUAACAAAAACAGUUAUAAUAAUGGAAUUAUUUACUGUAAAUAGAUAUACCGAAGAUUUAAAGGAACAAAAAGAUGGGGUCCAAGGCACCAACAACGAGGACGAAAUACUGCAAAAAUUGCUUAAAAAGGCUGCAAAACGCAAGAGGAAGCAUGAAAACAUUGAAGUUGUAGAAACACCCAUCUCGGAAAAAGAAACCUCAGAUGUUCAGGAAGCGGAAGCCAAGGAGGAGCAAGUGGAACAACUGGAAGAGCCCGUAGCAGUUGCUGAAGAGCCAGACGUGCCCUCCAAUGAGUUUCAAGUUCUUGGCGGCGAUGGUUCGGCGGCCAAGAAGAAAAAGGUUGAGAUGCAGCUGCCCAAUUGGCUGGCACAUCCCACCAUCAUCGAAGGAGGAAGCCUGCAGCCGGAGGAGGAAAUACCCGCCUCCGAGGCAAUUGACCAGCUCGAUUACCUGGAGAAGUACACAUGCCAGGCUCUUAAGCAGAUGAAGAUAAAGCGGCUUUUCCCAGUCCAAAAGCAGGUCAUCCCAUGGAUCCUGGAGGCACAGGCUAAGCCACCUCCCUUUCGUCCGCGAGACAUUUGUGUGUCUGCUCCCACGGGCAGCGGAAAAACCCUGGCCUUUGCCAUACCAAUUGUCCAAUUGUUGUCGCAGCGGGUGGAGUGUAAAGUGAGGGCUUUAAUCGUCCUUCCUGUGGCAGAGCUGGCGCUGCAGGUUUACCGGGUCGUCAGUGCGCUGUGCAGCAAAACGGAGCUGGAGGUUUGCCUUCUAUCAAAGCAGCACAAACUAGAGGAUGAGCAGGAGAAGCUGGUAGAGCAGUACAAAGGAAAAUACUACUCCAAGGCAGACAUUGUGGUGACCACACCAGGUCGCUUGGUUGAACAUUUGCACGCCACUAAAGGCUUCUGUCUGAAGAGUCUUAAAUUUCUGGUCAUUGACGAGGCCGAUCGGAUAAUGGAUGCAGUUUUUCAAAACUGGCUUUACCAUCUGGACAGUCAUGUAAAGGAGACCACCGAUCAGCUGCUGGCCGGCACUCAAGCCCCUCUAUGCUAUGCAGAACUGCAAUCCAGCUUCGGCAAGCAACCACAUAAGCUCCUGUUCUCGGCGACGUUGUCCCAAGAUCCAGAGAAGCUACAGAAUCUACGACUCUUUCAGCCUCGUCUGUUCACCACCGUGCUUACCAUGCCCGUGUUGAAGGAUGUAACGGAAGGAGAUGCGAAUACCGAAGCGAUCACAGAUCCAGGACAAUUUGUGGGCAGAUACACAACGCCGGCGGAGUUAACCGAGCAGUACUGUGUGACGGAGCUGCGACUGAAGCCUCUGACUGUUUUUGCCUUGGUGGAAAAGUACCAAUGGAAGCGGUUUCUGUGCUUCACUAACAGUUCGGAUCAGGCCUCUAGACUCACAUUCGUGCUUAGUAUGCUAUUUCAAAAGUAUAGCACUAAAGUGUCUGAAUUGUCAGGAAAUCUCUCUGCUCAGCUUCGAAAGGAGAGACUUAGAGACUUUUCUGCUGGCAAAAUUAACGGACUGGUCUGCUCAGAUGCACUUGCGCGUGGUAUCGAUGUGGCAGAUGUAGAUGUUGUACUCUCAUAUGAGACACCUCGCCAUAUCACGACAUACAUUCAUCGAGUGGGCCGAACGGCUCGAGCGGGAAGAAAGGGCACUGCUGUCACUUUGCUGACCGAACAGGACAUGACUCUAUUCAAGAAAAUACUGAGCGAUGCGGACAAGAGAUUGGGUGAAGAAAUUCACGUUUCUCCAGAUAUUGAGAUUCAGCAUGCAGUGGAAUACAAGGAGGCUUUGUUCCGCCUUCGCAUGAAUAAGGAGAGGACCAAGAACGAGAAGGCGGCCCAAAAGAAUCGAGUGGCCACCAAGGCAAUGGUCCACAAAAAACAGGAGGAGACGGCCACUGUUCGUCCACUGACGUUGAUGGAAAAGCUGCAAAUGAAAGCCAACCAAAUCUUGGUAUCAUCGGACAAAUCCUCCGAAACACAAAAUCCCAAAAGAAAGGCAGGCAAAACAAAACAGCAGCCAAAGGAAACCAAGAAACAAAUCAUUGCCAAGAAGCGAAAGGCCAUCGAGAACUAACAUGUGGGAUAACUAUACGGAAUAUGUUGUUUUAUUUAGUUUACUCAAAUAUAAUAUUGUACAAAGUU